AUGGAUGUUGUGGAGGAGAAACAACCUCUCACCACCACCACCGGAAAGGCUUCUCCGGUGGGACUCAAAGACGACGUGAUCCACAUCAUGGACAAGCUCACCAUACAUCAACCCAAGCAGCAAAUCAUCUCGGUUGUUGGGAUGGGCGGCACAGGUAAGACCACGCUUGCUCUAAAUGUUUAUGAAAACCCAUUCGUCAAGGAACACUUUCACAUUCGUGCUUGGGCUAUUGUAUCUAAACAAUACAGUGCAAAAGAAAUCUUUUCAAAACUUCUCUCUAGCAUAGGGCAAAGUGGAAGUGAAACUGAUUUAGGGCUAAAGUUGCAUCAGAGUUUAUGGGAAAGUGUGGGAAAUGAGAUUAUUAGAUUGUGCAGAGGACUACCCUUGUCAAUUGUUGUGAUUGGAGGGUUUCUUCUCAAAUCACCUAAGACUGUAGGAUUCUGGGAGGAUGUUGCCAAGAAUAUAAAAUCAAUCCCCAAUUCAACAGAAAAGCAAGAGAUCUUAGAUGUGUUAUUUUUAAGCUAUAGUCACUUGCCCCCUCAUCUGAAACCAUGUUUUCUUUAUAUGGGGAUUUUUCGGGAGGACCGUGAGAUUCGUGCAUCCCGAAUCAUCAAACUUUGGGUUGCUGAAGGAUUUAUCAAACCGAAGAGAGCUCAAAUGUUAGAAGAGAUUGCAGAGGGGUACUUGAAUGACUUAGUCGACAGGAAUCUUGUUCUUGUUGGCAGACAUCGAUCUAAUGGGAAGAUUAGGUCUUGUCGACUUCAUGAUCUGAUAAGAGAUCUGUGCUUGAAAGUCUCUGAGAAAGACAAGUUCUUCUAUGCCAAAAGGGCACCCGACAACAUGACAAAGGUGAAGGAAUAUUAA